UCCGUCUCUCCAUCUAGGGUUUUUAUUGGGGCUUUUCCAGCUCCCGUAUUAGGUGGGUGUUUCUCCUCUUCUCCUUCUUCUUCUUCUGGUUUUUUUCUUUUUUUUUUUCUUCUGUCAUCUAGGGUUUUCUGCUUUGAUUCUGUGAUCUCUAAUUAUUCGAAGGGAGGGUAAUUUGUUUCUUUCAAAUUAUCAUCUGGGUCUGGUUUCAUUUUCUGCUAAGCUUGAGCUGUGAGCUUGAAAUUAAACAGUAGAGGGUCGUUUGGCUUUUUGGUUUGGUUUUUUACCACUUUUUUUUUCAGUCAAAUUGAAUAGCUUUUUGCUUUAAAGUACUCCACUAAGCCCUUCUAUAAUAAGUACUUAUGUAGCUUGUGCACUUACGAAAGUUUUUAGUCUCUUCUUCUUGCCAGUUGCUGAAGUAGUACUUGAAGUAGUACUCUUCUUCAACCUAUACACACACGCACACAGAUAUAUAUAUAUAUAUAUAUAUAUAUAUAUAUAUCAGACGCCAAAUAUGGCACCUUCUUCAAGUAGAGUAACCAGGAGGAGGACAAAAGCAAGAAAACCAGCAAAAACGUCAGCACCAUCGUCAUCAUCAAAACCAAGGAAGAAGACGACGAAAACAAGAGGAAGAAUCCAAUGCAAGAAAACUACUAAUCAAGCUCGAGAAACACCGUUACUGGAGGAUAUGCCUUGCUGUUGUUCUUCAACCGCAAGCUCUGAUAAUCAUCACAGUAACUUGUCAAUUACGAAGAUAGGUCAAGUUGACCAUGACGAUGAUGUCUCUUCAUCAAACGGCUGUUCUACCCCGAAAGCUCAGAGGUUCAGAAUACCGGCGAUUGACACGUGUCCGCCGGCUCCGAAGAAAAAGAGAGUCAUCUCAAAUUGCUCCACCUUGCAGAGAAGACCCAUUGCUUUUUUCGCUCCCCCAGAUUUAGAGCUCUUCUUCUUCUUUGCAAGAAUUCAGAACAUCUCAGUCUGAUCUCGAUCAAUCCUCAUAUUAGAUUAUUUUAUAUAUACAUAUAUAUAUAUAUACACCACUGGUUUAAGAGGUGAUGUUUGUGACUUCCUCCUUAUCCUUUUUUUUUUUUUAGUAUUAGUUUCUUUGUGUUGUUAAUUUCGAUCAACAGUGAAGUAUAGAGUGUGUGAUUAAGAGAUUGAAGUGAUGAAAUUAGGAUUUUCUUUUUCUAGUUAAUAGAAUCGGUAGAUUAUAUUAUUUUACUAUUAGCCCUGCUAAUUAAAUUUUUUUUUAAUUAGUUGGGGUUUUUCUUAAAUUUCGUAGGGUAUAUAUAGUGGUAAUUAUCAAUUUAGCUGGGGUUUGUCCCACUAAAUUUAGUCUUAAUAAUUAAAUAUCAAAUUGUAUUUCUGACUUUUUCGAGUGCAAUGUAAGGGGUGUUUUAUUGAGUGUGAA